CAGAGAGAGAGAUUUAGCUUUACGGGGCGGGAUGUGUGCGGAGUUUUUUCCUCCUGUCCGGAUGAAACUCAAACGCUCCUCCUAGCGAGCGCGAAAAGAAAGCGGAGGAGGAACCUUCUUUUUUAGCCCUGCGUCGGGACUCCACUUCCUGGAGCAGCCCUCCCUUUGGGAAGCUUCACUUGGGAUCCCUGGUCCCUUACAGACAGGAGGAGCAAUAGCAACACCUGCUGAAAAUGAAGGACCGGCUGGAGCAGCUGAAAGCGAAACAAAACCAGGAUGAUACUGAUGAUGAACUGGAAAUUGCUAUCGAUAACACAGCUUUUAUGGAUGAGUUCUUUGCAGAGAUUGAAGAAACACGGCUAAAUAUUGAUAAAAUUGCUGAGAAUGUAGAAGAAGCAAAAAGACUGUACAGCAUUAUCCUGUCUGCCCCUAUCCCUGAACAAAAGACAAAAGAUGAUCUGGAUCAGCUCACAGCAGAAAUUAAGAAAAUGGCCAACAGUGUCCGAAACAAACUUAAAAGUAUGGAGCAGAACAUUGAGCAGGAUGAAGUCCGGUCAUCAGCAGACCUGCGAAUACGGAAAUCCCAGCAUUCAGUUCUUUCUCGAAAAUUUGUUGAGGUAAUGACAAAGUACAAUGAGGCCCAGGUUGACUUCCGGGAACGGAGCAAAGGACGGAUCCAGAGGCAGCUUGAGAUUACUGGGAAGAAUACAACAGAUGAGGAGCUGGAGGAAAUGCUAGAGAGUGGGAAUCCUGCAAUAUUCACAGCUGGGAUCAUGGAUUCCCAGAUUUCAAAGCAGGCAUUGAGUGAGAUUGAAGGGCGGCAUAAGGACAUCUUGCGGCUUGAAAGUAGUAUCAAGGAGCUUCAUGACAUGUUUGUGGACAUUGCCAUGCUAGUGGAAAACCAGGGAGAAAUUGUAGAUAAUAUAGAACUUAACAUGAUGCACACCAUAGAUCACAUAGAGAAAGCUCGUGAAGAGACCAAAAAGGCCUUGAAAUACCAGAGUAAGGCACGAAAGAAAACAAUAAUUAUCAUUGUGGUAGUCAUUGUCUUGCUGCUAAUUGUAGCUCUGAUUAUUGGACUUGCUGUAGGGCUGAAUCCAAAGUAGCCAACCAGGCUGCUGGCUCUGUACCACACUCCUGCGUUCUUCCUGGAUGGGUAGCAAGACUUCCCCCACCGUACUGUGAUCUUCCCCUGCCUAUCCUCCAGCCUUGUUCCUUGGAUUUGUUUUCAAGCAGGAGGGAUUCACUUGCACCAGCACUACUUUUAAGAGCCACAUGAUGUUCUAGCUCACUCCUUGAAUGAAGCUCCGCAACCAGAAGAUUUUGUAAUUUGUGCAACCAGGAACUAACAAGAUCUCAUGACACCCUGGAGAGAAUCUCCCAUCAAAUCUGCUCCUUGCCUAUCCCUGCCUCCCUUCCCGUUACCUUUGCUGCCUCCAGUUCAAGCUCUUCCUGAUGUCAUUUCCUGUUUUUAAGCUUACAUCCUUCCAGAAUUUUCUGGAACAAACCUUUAAAAUGUUUAGAGAUAACUAUUACCUACCUCGCCACUUUUUGCUCUAGUUUCGGAUGCAAUGUUUUUAACAUUUUCAGAUCUUUAUUGAGGAUGCCAGAAAUUGUUACUUGUUAGAAUUGUCUAUAUUAAGGGCUAAGGAUCAAACCAGUGUCUGCCACAUACUUGCUAAAUACCACUCCCUUGUCCACUGAGGCUGCCUUUCUACUGUCUUUGAAGGAUGGCCCCAGAUAUUACAACUCUUACAAAGUUCAAAAGCCUUCCGGAGCCGCAGCACACAUUGCCCUACCAAUACCAAGAAGAGGUCAAGUGCCAGGAACAGUGUUGGGCAGGUAGCAGUGUAAACUCUUUAUGUGGCAUUCGCAGUGCUUUGCACCAAGCCAGUUUUGGGAAGAUAUAGGUUAGGAUGAAAAGCAGACAUGCAACAGCUCCAGGUGUGGAAAGAGCCAGGUCUUCGAGCCAGUGUUCUCAAACCAGGCUCAGAAUUGUAUCAUGCAUACAUAAUGUAGCCAUAAUAAUGGGUAGCCAAUGGCAAGCUAGUUUUCUACAUCUGAGCUAGAAGCAUUGUCUCUCCUCAGGUCAAAAUAGGCAUUUCAGUAGAGUGUCUAUGCUUUGAAGCACUUGCAACUACUGUGUGUGUGGAAGGAAAGCUCUCCUUGGAUGCCCCUAAAUGGCAGACUAGUUAAUUAUUGUUUGGAAUAUAAUUUUUCUGGAUGGCGUGCAAAUCACUCCUGCUUUUGAACAAUUGCCUGUGUUGUGUUAAAGGUGCGAUUUAUGUCUGGUUUCCCAUGAUUUGUAUUUUUUUUCAGUGAGGAAUCAAAUAGUUGGCUUGGCUUGGCAGUGUUAUAUUUUGUACCAGUGGUUUCCACCUAGAGCCACAUUUUAUCCACCACUCAAAAUCACCAAUUUUUAAAUAGCUUAUUUAGUUCACAGGCUAGGUAAAGAGAGAAAUAUCAGAUUGGGUACUUAAUAGUUUUAUCUUCUCUCUAAAAGAGUAUAGCUUUAGACUUUGAUCUCCAUUUGUUAUAUACGGCUUUUACAUUGCUUUGUGUAAAAAACACUUGCUACUAUUUGUUCACCAGAUUUAUGGCCACUUACUGCUUGGUCCUCAGCCACACUUGUGUUAAAUUUCUGCAGGUGUUGUCACAGAAAUGGAUGUGUAUGCAUGACAGUUAAUUUGGUUACAAAAACCAGUUAUGUAGUCCACUUAGCUGGCAGUACCACCUAGAUUCAUGCUAGCUAUGCAAAGAAGGGUUUAAUCCUUCAACUUCCACUCACUUUACUAUUUAAAUCUGGGUUACCUGUUUUGUUAGUACUUUAAAGGAGGGGUUGUGUUUAUAAAUAAUGUAUAUUUUUCCUUUUAAAACAUUAACAGAGUGGGGGAGCUGCUUUCAAAUAGUAAAACCUUAGUGGUGGCUGAAAUAUUAAAAACCCCAUUCCUUCCCUGAAAGGCCCCAAUGUAAAUCAAAGCACACAGGAUGGAGAUGUUUACCUUCAUCAGGUCUAAAGAGGAAAUCUAUAUUCUAGUUAUCCUUUCAGCAUCAGUAGCUUUACUUUUUGGAGCUAUUUUCAGUUGGAAAGCUGAACAUUUGGGGAUGCACAAGAUUCCCAGUGUAGAGGGCUUUAGUUUCUGUUUAAGCGUUUGUAGCAGCAGCACCCAAACUCCUGUGGCACUCAGUGGGAGACUAGAAUUGACAAUGUUUUUCCAGGAGGAGAGGAUAACCUAUUCCUGUUUACUAGCAAAAUCUGGCUGGUCCAGUUGUUUCUGCACUAGCAGUACCAUUCACGUUUACCUAAUUACUAGAUGAUCUAAAUUGUCUAGCUGUGAUACUGCUGAUGCUGGAUCCUGUAAUCCCCCCCCCUCCCCGUAGAAUGUUAACAGCAGCACUCCAGGCAAAUGCACUUGCGUGACCCUUCUAACUAUGCACAUGGACGGAGCUAAGAGGGGAGAGACUCUCAUGCUUUCUUUUUCUCUAGGCCAUGAUGUCUGUAAUUGGGAGGUGGCAGCUCUAUGGUGUGGUCAAUGGAAUGUUGAAAUAAGCACCGAUGAGAUGUCACAAUAUUGGUGGUGUGUGUGUGAUUUUUUAAAAAAACCUGCUGAGAAAGAUGUAGCUAAAGAUACCGAGCUGCCUAUGGACAGCAGGGAUCCUAUGAAUUUGAUUUUUUUUUAAAAAAAAAUGAGAACUGAAUUUUUUAAUUUAAAAAUAAAUGAAUUUACUUAAAUAUUA